AUGUUGCAGGAUAUAAAUGGAAAGGAAAUGAGUGCUAAUAAAGUUUACUCAGCAUUUAUCAAAUGUAUGGUCAAUCAAGUUAAGAGGAAGAUAAACAAAGAAUACCCAGGCUCAAAGUCAAGUGACAUAAAAUGGAUUUUAUUGGCUCCUUCUGACUGGACAGAUGAUCCAAAACAAUUUCUAGCUGAAGCUGCUAAAAAGUGUGACCAGGUGUCACGUGAGAGAGAGGGAGGGACCAUAGAGUUAGAGAGGAGCAAGUGUGUGUCGGUGCCUGGACGUUUGAGGGUCAAUGUGAUUGGUCAUGUAGUAGAUUUUAAUGGCAAAACAGAACAGAUAUACGCAUUACAAAUAUCAGAUUGUGGUGGAUUGCGUGUUGAUGAUGAAUUUGAUGCAUUACUAAAGCAUUUCUUUGGACAGACGUUAAUGAAAGAGUUAAAGGAUAACUACCAACCAGCCUACAUAGAUCUUGUGCGAGAUUUUGAAAAUAAGAAAAGGAUUGCAGAAGAAGACAUUGAUGCUGCUGCAUCAAUUACACUUCGAAUUCCUUUUAUUCUCAACCAAUUGAUCGCAAAAAAAUGCGAACAGAGCCAUGCGCAGCAGCUUGAAAAUAAAAUAAGGAGAAAUGAAGAUAAGCUUAUAAUCGAUAUGGCACUACUGGUAGAAUUGUUUGAACCAUCUUGUGAGCAAAUUCUGGCGCAGAUUGACAUUGCACUGAAAGAAGUUAGUGACGUCAACUGGUUAAUUUUGGCCGGAAGAUUUUCAGAUUCGGGUUUGCUCCAAGAACGAGUACGACGACAUUUCUCUGAUUAUUCUGUGUUUGGUUUGUUUGAACCAGGUCUUGUAUUACUUCGAGGAGCUCUGUUGUACGGCCAGCGCCAUCCCGAGCUUUUUGAAGGAAAAGAGCGCCUUGACGACGAUGAAUUUUGA